AUGGCCUCGCUCGAAUUAGCGCAGGACAAGCACACUGGGCAGCAGCAGCAGCAGCAGCAGCAGCAGCAGCGCGAAGUGCCUCCCCACCGGUCGCACGAUCCCCAGUACAACCAGAAGAGGAGCGACCCGUUCCAGUUCGGAUCCCGCUACCUCGGGGAGGAUGACGACGUCUUCGAGUUCAAUGCCUGGGACCAUGUCGAGACUGACGACGCGUACAAGGAGUAUGCCGAGCAGCAGUACGCCAUGCAGCGCCAGGCGCCCGUGUCCGAGUUUGACAAGAAGCGGUUCAACUCGGACCCAGCCAAGUGGUGGAACCUAUUCUACAAAAAUAACGCCGCCAACUUUUUCAAAGACCGGAAGUGGCUGCAGCAGGAGUUCCCAAUUCUGGAUAAAGUCACGCAGGAGGACGCUGGGCCGGUGACCGUCCUAGAGAUAGGAGCCGGUGCCGGGAACACGGCAUUUCCAGUUCUGGCCAAGAACAAGAACCCCCAGCUAAAGCUACAUGCCUGUGACUUUUCCAAGAAGGCGGUCGAGGUCAUGCGCAGCCACGAGUCGUACGACCCGAAGGUGAUGCAAGCCGACGUCUGGGACGUGGCCGGCGACGAGCUGCCGCCGGGCCUCGGCGAAGGCUCCGUAGACGUAGCGGUCAUGGUGUUCAUCUUCUCCGCGCUGUCCCCGCUGCAGUGGCAGAAGGCGGUAGAGAACGUCUACCGGGUGCUCAAGCCGGGCGGCGAGGUCUGCUUCCGCGACUAUGGAAGAGGAGACCUCGCCCAGGUCCGCUUCAAGAAGGGCCGGUACCUGGAGGAGAACUUUUACAUCCGCGGCGACGGCACGCGCGUCUACUUCUUCGAGAAGGACGAGCUGGCUGACAUAUGGACGGGCAAGCACGGCAGCGCGGACGGCGCGCAGGCGGCGCGCUUCGAGAUCGAGGAGCUGGGCGUUGACCGUCGGCUGCUCGUCAACAGGGCCAAGAAGCUGAAGAUGUACCGUUGCUGGCUGCAGGGCCGAUUUAGAAAGAAAUAG